AUGAGUGAGAACAGCUGUCCUAACUCAGAGACUAAAAAGACACCAACAAAGAUAUCAAUUGAAGAAAGACUGAAGCGUGAUGAAAUUGAGCUUAAUAGCCAGAAAGAACAAAAUAAGAUUUGCAAUGAAUACAUUGCCAAAUUCGAAGCUGAUGUAAUUGCACUUCAAGCAAAGCUUGAAAAGGAAAAAGAGAAUACAAAUGCAAGAAUUCAAAAGCUUAAAGACGAGUUAAAUGCUCAAAUUUGUCAAAUAAUUGAUCAAACAAGAGAGAGUGUUGAAAUUGAAUCCAAAGUUCCUCUCUUCGAUGUUGAAAAGUUGAAAGUUGUUAAAGGAAAUACAAGUUCAAUUAAAAACGCUUUAUCUUCAAUCAGUGAAGAUUUCAAGAAUGAGUUUCAGAGCUUCUUGAAAGAAUUUACAGCUACUAAAGACUCUACAAAGCAGGUUCUUAUGAAAUUUACCGCUCAAAAAUAUAGCGAAACAGAAGAAUCUACGAAGAAUGACAACGCAAGAUUACAAAAAGAGAUUAUAUCAAGUGCGUCAGAACUAAGUCGUCAGGUAAGUAAAUUAUCUAAGGUUGAAAUAUCACAGUCAUCUCCGUCAUACAUGGAAAAAUCUGUCAAAGAAAAAGUUUAUGUAGAUUCAGCUACAGAUGCUCAUGAAGUUCCUGAAAAAGUCGUACGACUCAGUAGCUUUGCUGCUAAAUGGAUGCUCCAAUAUCAAGAAUUCUUAUCAUGA